AUGUCGAAUGAAAAGCCUAAGUUAACUUAUGUGAUAACCGGCGGGUGCGGAUUUCUUGGACAGCACAUGUUGCGGGUUUUGUUGGAGAAGGAAGAAAAUAUAAAGGAGAUUAGACUUUUUGAUAAACACGUUUGUGCAACUCUACAAAGUCACAGCACAGAGCAUGUGAAGGUGGUGCUGGUACAGGGAGACAUAACAGAUUAUGGCAACGUGCGAGAUGCUUUACAGGGAGCAGACCUGGUCAUCCAUGCAGCUAGUCUGGUUGACGUGUGGUACAGAGUGCCUGAGAAGGCGAUCUAUGCAGUUAACGUACAAGGAACGGAGAAUGUGAUAAAUGCCUGUGUGGAAACUGGUAUCCAGUAUUUGAUCUAUACAAGCUCCAUGGAAGUCGUUGGUCCGAAUAUAAAAGGAGAUGCAUUUAUCAGAGGGAAUGAAGAUACUCCAUAUAAUGUAUUUCAUGAGAUGGCCUAUCCCAGGUCCAAAGCUAAAGCUGAAAAGAUGGUGCUGGAGGCCAAUGGAACAAAGGUGAAGGGAGGGGCAACUCUCUACACAUGUUCUCUGCGGCCAACAGGCAUCUAUGGGGAACAGCAUCAGUUAAUGAAGGAGUUUUAUACAAAUGGAGUUCGUACAGGUGGUUGGGUGAUCAGAGGAGUGCCUCCAGAAACAGAGCAUGGCCGGGUAUAUGCAGGGAAUGUGGCCUGGAUGCAUUUACUGGCAGCACGUGCUCUAAGAGAGCAUCCUCAUAAGCUGGGUGGAGAGUUUUAUUUCUGCUAUGAUGAUUCACCCUACAAAAGCUAUGAAGACUUCAACAUGCAUUUCCUGUCGGCCUUUAACUUUCGUACGAUACAUGUUUCGGUUUGGGUGCUGUGGUUCAUAGCUUGCAUGAAUGACCUGCUGCACUGGCUCCUGAAGCCAUUAUACAACUACACACCGUUGCUUAACUCCUACACACUCGCUGUGGCACGCACAUCUUUCACAGUGAGCACAGACAAAGCCCUCCGCCACUUUCAGUACAAGCCACUCUAUAGCUGGGAGGAAUGCAUGGCCCGAACUCAGAGCUGGGUGAACACGUUCCCUUUAGAAACGAGCACUAAAAAAGCCUAACAGCUGCUUCAUGUGCAAUGAGGACUAUUUCAAGUCAAUCAUUAAAGAACAUAUAGAAAUGUGUCAUACACUUUAGUGAUUGGUAAAGCAAAAAUAUUUUAGCUUGAAUGUAUUAUAAAUUAUACCAGCUCUAAUGUAUGUAUAUUUAUAAUUAACAUUUAAUCAAAUCCAGCUGUUUGAAAGUACAAAUAGUGGUUUGUUAAACUUACAAUUAUAAAUUAACAAUUCUAUGUGCAAUACUUUGUACACAUUUUAUUUAUUUACACAUCUCUGUCCCCAAAACAACUAGCUUAAAUUAUCGCAGUGACUCAGUGUACCCACCCUCAUCUUUCCAGAAACUCAGAAAUUCCAUCAUGGUCUGAACUAAGAAAACUAUGUAACCGUACAUAAGGUUUAAUAUGCGGCCAGAUGUUCCUCACCAGUUUCCAUUGUUAUGGUUCUUAGCAACAACUUUGUUAUGGGAGGGAACAAAAGCAAAAAGAUAUUAUAUACCUCUGUUUUUCAGUCAUGCAUUGAACUAUUUACAUGUGAAUUUAUUUACUAGUCAACAGUAUAAGGUGUUUGGUUUGAAAUGGGUAAAAUAUAAUUCAAUAAAAAUGUUUGUUUUGCCAGUUUAAUGCCUGUUAAAUUACAGUAUUAGUCCAUUACUAUAGUUACUAUAUAACAGUCCUUAAUUACUGACAUUUUAUGGGCAACUUAAAAAAACAAGGGUGUUCCUAGGUUUAACUUCAGGGAAUUUCCUUUCACUGAUUCAUAUUAUGACCACCGUGGAAGCCCAUCAGAGAAGAGUUUCCUUGGUUACAGUAAUAUUUAUUCUUAUGUCAUUGACAGAGGGGUUUGCUCAACACACUGUUUGCCAAUGGGAUCUCUACCACCACCACAGUGGCAGAUGCUAAAUGUAUGUAGGCUGCGACAUCUAGUGGCUAAUGCGAGACACGACUCUUAAUUUCAUUUGAUACAAAGUGACUUGCAGACUAUUCAAGGUAUAAAUCAGUAUGUGUGUUGUGCUCCCGGUGAUCAAUGUAUAUAGACUUUUAGGCGUUUCGUUUUCUACGUCUAAUUGUAAAUUAAACUGCAAUAAUUUAUUAUUUUAAUUGUAUUGAUUAAGCUCAGAAGUUUUUACAGACAGUAUAAUGGGAUUUUAAACAUCCCCAAUGUAAGACACAAUGUAAAAUGUAAUAGUCUAAGUGUCAUAGCACCUGGAAAUAUGUACAAUGUAUACAUUAUGAUAAAUGUUUGACUUUUUUACACUAAUAAAAAUGUCAUCCAAACAAAAGACAAAAGCAAUCCAGACCUCUACCUCUUAAAUAUAU